CAUGGUCUAUAUUUGGUUGACACGUGCUCUAUUAAGGAUGAAUUAAAGAAAUAACACUGAAGAAGCACAGUAAGGUUCUAAGUCAGGGUCAGUGUAAGUGGUGUAAGUGGCGCAAGUGGCUUUCGAUUUAGAGCUUUAACGGAGCCCCAGCGCACAGACCACAACGGGUAAUGGGAAAUACGGGGCCCAUUUUGCUUAUCAGUCUUUUUCUAUAUCGAUAAGCAAAAAAAAUCCAGGACGAUAGACUCUGAGCGAAAGAUUGAACAUUAUCCAACCCACUUCUAAAAGUUGUAGUUCAACAACUUCGAAUACGACCAAUUAUCGCACUCUUUCCUAGGCAAGAUGGAGUCAGUCAAGCUUAGCAAAAAGAGAAAGCUCAAGGAUGCCAACGGUGACAAAGCAUCCAAGAAGUCAAAGAUACCUUCUGUCAAGGCGCUUAAGUUGAAGAAGUCGAAGCGAGUCGAACGUGAUAUUGCCGAACCCUCGAGCGACGACUCCGAAGUGGAAGUAGGGGAUGAGAUUGAAGGACUUGAUGAACUUGAAGAACAAGACGCAAGCGAUGUAGGAGAUGGUGGUUUGGAAGAGGACCCUGAAGAAACAUCCGAACUGGACAAGAGAGUGGAAGCAGCAAAUGCUGAGGAUGAAGACGCUGGCCAAAAUAACCAAAGCACCGACUUACCUACCGACAGCGCAAUAUCCGCUCUGCAGGAUGCCAUAGGCUCCGAUGCCCAGAACUUUGCCGACUUGAACCUCUCGGAGAAGACGACGAAGGCUAUCAAGGAGGAUAUGGGCUUCGGAAAGAUGACUACUAUACAACGGAGAGCGAUCCCACCUUUACUCGCAGGUCGCGAUGUGCUCGGCGCCGCAAAAACUGGAAGUGGAAAGACUCUGGCUUUCUUGAUCCCCGCCGUCGAAAUGCUAAGUGCCCUCCGAUUCAAGCCACGAAACGGAACCGGCGUUAUCGUCGUUUCUCCUACAAGGGAGUUGGCUCUGCAGAUUUUCGGCGUCGCGCGCGAACUGAUGGCGCAUCACUCUCAGACUUACGGAAUAGUCAUUGGAGGAGCAAAUCGUAGAGCAGAGGCCGACAAGUUAUCUAAAGGCGUGAAUCUCAUCAUUGCGACGCCAGGAAGACUCUUAGAUCACCUGCAAAACACACCCUUCGUCUUCAAGAAUCUGAAGUCCCUAAUCAUCGACGAGGCCGACCGAAUACUGGAAAUAGGUUUCGAAGAUGAGAUGCGCCAAAUUAUCAAGAUCCUACCCAGCGAAGGCAGACAGACCAUGCUCUUCUCCGCAACGCAGACGACCAAAGUCGAAGACCUCGCUAGGAUUUCCCUUCGCCCAGGUCCUCUUUAUAUAAAUGUCGAUGAAGAGAGCGCCAGUUCUACCGUUGCCGGACUCGAGCAAGGUUAUGUGACGUGCGACGCCGACAAGCGAUUCCUUCUCCUCUUCUCAUUCUUGAAGCGAAAUCUGAAGAAGAAGGUUAUCGUCUUCUUCUCCAGCUGCGCAAGCGUAAAUUAUUAUGCUGAACUUUUGAACUACAUCGAUCUGCCCUGCCUCUCUCUUCACGGGAAACAGAAGCAGCAGAAGCGGACGAACACGUUUUUUGAAUUCUGCAAUGCGAAAACCGGUAUUCUCCUGUGCACAGACGUUGCUGCUCGUGGUUUAGAUAUCCCAGCAGUCGAUUACAUAGUGCAAUUCGACCCGCCUGACGACCCCCGCGAUUACAUUCAUCGGGUCGGUCGAACGGCGCGUGGCGCAAACUCCAAGGGCCGCAGUCUCCUCUUCCUGCAACCCCACGAACUCGCCUUCUUAUCUCACUUAAAGGAAGCCAAGGUACCCGUGCUCGAGUAUGAGUUCCCGGCCAAGAAGGUUCUGAACGUCUCUUCACAACUUGAAAAGCUCAUCUCUCAGAACUACUAUCUCAACCAGAGUGCCAAGGACGGUUACCGAUCAUAUCUGCACGCCUAUGCGAGCCACAGCUUACGUUCGGUAUUUGACAUCCACAAGUUGGAUCUAGCAAAGGUAGCCAAAAGUUUUGGCUUUUCUACUCCUCCCCGAAUCGACCUUACGUUAGGCGCGAGUAUGGGCAGAGAUAAGAAGACGCAAGGCAGAAGGGGUUACGGAAGUCAGCCGCGGCAGGGUCAAAAGGGUCAGAAGUUCAAUAAGAGGCGGUAGUUGUGUUGAGUUGGGAAUUUCAAUCAAUUGCGGAGUCUUCGGUUGAGUUUAUCAUGAUAUACCAGCUGGAAUUGCACAAAGCAUUUUCAUCGCGAUUAGUUAAUUGUAUACCCACCGUCGACUACCAAUGCGUGACCUUGGAUAAACGAGGAUUGGCUCGAGCAUAAGAAUAGCACAGCAUCAGCUACCUCUUCCGGCGUCCCCAUUCUCCGCAUGGGCGCGAUGUCGAUCGCUGGCCUUAGUCUUUCUGUAACCUCAGGCGAUCCCGUCGUCAUCGGUGUCUCGAUCACGCCCGGGCACACACAAUUAACUCUUAUUCCAUCCCGCGAGUAAUCUAUCGCGUCGGACCGCGUCAUAUUUAUCACGGCGGCUUUCGAAGCACAGUAAGGUG